CGACCAAUUGCAUUAUGGGUAGCAUUCCUGACAUGAAUCGAAAAUCAAAUGGAGUCUCCGGAUAGUGAAGAUGAAAGAAAUGGCAUCUUAAAUGUACAAAAUCAGCCCUACGACGAAGCACUAGAAAUACCAGACGCAGAGGAAGUUGCUAGUGUAUAUUCACCAACUCCCAGAGUCCACCCAGGAUUAACUCAUCAAAAGCGCCCACCAGUGCCACCAGGUUCACCAACUCACAGUUUUGAUGCAUCUGACCUUGCAGCACCAAGAGGACAAAGUAGAGGAGACACCCCCCCUGAAUCAACCAUGUCUGAUGAAAAUGAUGAUGAAUUUGAGGACAAUAUGAAUCCACCGCCCCCUCAGCAGGAGAGCAAGCUCAAAGAGCAAUUACAGCACCCCAAACCUCAACCAAGACAACCACAACAACAGUUUGAGGAAGAUGACGAUGAUGAUGAUGAUUCCGGGUCAGAAACUGAUGAUGAUGAUGACGAUGACGACGAUGAUGAUGACGAUGAUGACCAUGUUCCGGUUGAAGGAGCUUAUGAUCCAGGUGAUUAUGAAAAUCUACCUGUCACUCCAGAAAUAAAAGAGCUGUUUCAAUACAUCACAAGGUACACACCACAGACUAUAGAGCUAGAAUACAAACUUAAACCAUUUAUUCCUGAUUUCAUACCUGCUGUGGGUGACAUUGAUGCAUUCAUCAAGAUUAUACGGCCUGAUAACAAACCAGACACACUAGGUCUGACGGUACUGGAUGAGCCAUGUGCCAAACAGUCCGACCCCACAGUGUUGGAUCUACAACUCAGGGCCAUAUCUAAACAAACAACAGAUAAAAAGGUGGUAGUCAAGAGUAUUGAUAAUGCUGAGAAAAACCCCAAACAGAUAGAGAGCUGGAUAGAGAGCAUACGGGAGCUUCACCGGACACAGCCUCCUCCAAAUGUUCAUUAUUCCAAAAAUAUGCCAGAUAUCGAUACAUUGAUGCAGGAAUGGCCUCCUGAAUUUGAAGAACUACUGAAAGAGGUGGGACUACCCACAGCAGAACUGGACUGUGACCUUCCACAGUAUGUGGAGCUCAUCUGCUCAAUACUUGACAUACCUGUUUAUAAAGGGUCGCCUCAUCACAAUGAAAAAAUUCAGGCUCUUCAUGUUUUGUUUACACUCUAUUCAGAAUUCAAGAAUUCUCAGCACUUCCGAGCCCUUGCUCAAGACAAUCAACUGGAGAAUGCUCUAAAAGGAGGAGGAAAUGGAGGUGGGGGACCAGAUGACAAAGAAGAGAGAUUGGUCAUCUAGACUUUAAAUGAAACAAUGAUUGAUAUACAAUUGUUCUUGUACAUUUUUGUGUUUUCGAUUUCACUGUCUUUACCAGUACAUGUGUAUUUAUGAAAAUGAAAUCAUGAGAGAAUAAUGAACUCGCUGUUAUGUGUGCAGAAAGUGAAAUAAAUCUGUACUAUUAAAGGAA